AUGGCCAACUUUUCAGAUAGUUUCAAAUGGACACGCUAUGCCGACGAUUCCGAUUUCCUGAACUUUUCAUUCUGGGAAGUCCAGUUUUACGAAUAUUCAAACACAACCUCGAAACGUCCUACCUAUUCGAGCGACGGUUCAACAGGAACUGUGGAGGAGAAAAUUCGCCUGAUUCUUCCUUAUAGCUUCAUUCUCCUGCUGGCAGUAGUGGGCAAUGUCCUUGUUAUUGUGACCCUGGCAGUCAACAAGAGAAUGAGAACCAUCACUAAUGUCUUCUUGUUGAACCUAGCUGUUAGCGACUUACUUCUGGGAGUUUUCUGUAUGCCUUUUACACUUGUUGGUGUUCUAAUGCGAGAAUUUGUUUUUGGAGACGCCAUGUGCCGACUUAUCCCGUAUCUUCAAGCUGUUUCAGUUAGUGUCAGUGCUUGGACUUUAGUUUCGAUGUCGGUCGAACGCUAUUAUGCCAUCUGCCAUCCAUUAAAAUCUCGAGAAUGGCAGACUCUGUCUCAUGCCUACCGGAUGAUCGGAGCUGUCUGGGUAGGAUCGAUUUUCUGCAUGCUCCCCAUCGCUGUCCUCAGUGAGCUGCAGCCGCUCCGUGGGAUUGACCGAUUCAAGUGUCGGGAAAGUUGGCCAAACGAGGCAACAGAAAAACUUUUCAACAUUUUUCUAGAUGCUCUCCUGCUGGUCACUCCACUACUGAUUAUGGUAAUAACUUAUUCGCUUAUCACCAUCACCCUCUGGCGAGCAAUGCUCCCUCUAGGCUCUAGGACAGAAGGAAUAGCUCUUCAAGAUGUUAGAGACGUCCAACAACCGUUGACAACAAGGUGCACAACUGUUUGUGGUAAUCUACAUAGAACCAGUAACAAUGCUUCACGUUCCAGAGUUCAUCAAAACAUAGGUGAAAGAGACUUUUAUACCAUACACAGUGUGAAUAAUCACAAGAGAUCUCUAGCUCAGAAGAAACGUGUGAUUAAGAUGCUUUUUGUUGUUGUAUUAGAAUUCUUUAUUUGUUGGACUCCAAUACACGUCAUCAAUACAGUUAGCCUAUUUAACCCUACAGGAGUUUACGGAGGUCUUGGCUAUCACGGCAUUUCUUUCUUUCAGUUAUUAGCCUAUACGUCUUCUUGUUGUAAUCCAAUCACUUACUGUUUCAUGAAUUCAAAUUUUCGUAAAAGCUUCCUAACCAUUUUUGGUUGUAAGUCUAACAGAUGGCACGUACAGUUUUCUGGCAGUAUAUCUGGUACUUUCAAAACAGCAGUUAACCACGCGAGAGUGUCCGAUAGAGCUUUUUCAACAACCUAG